AUGGGGAGACUGAAUGUUGACAUUGAUGAUGUUGUCUUAGAAAAAGCUCCGAAAAAUACAAAGUAUACCUUGCCGACUAUUCAAAAAGAGAUUUUGCAUAUUCUUGCGAACAAAGUGAGGAAAAAGAUUUGUGAAGAAGUUAGAGAUGCAAAGUUUUGUAUUUUGGUUGACGAAGCCAAAGAUGCAUCAAAUAAAGAACAAAUGGCUAUUGUUUUGAGAUUUGUUGACAUUCAGGGUUUUGCUAUAGAAAUUGCAUAUAUGAUAGCUACUGGAGAACGUGAGACUGGUAGAGGGGCUAAUCAAAUUGAUAAUUUACAUCGAAGUGGAACUACUCGCUGGAGCUCUCAUUUUGAUUCUAUUUACAGCUUAAUAGAUAUGUAUGGUGCAACUAUUACUGUGCUUGAAAGUAUGGUUCAAGAAGGAUCUUCUAAUUCUAUACGAGGAGAAGCUGGUGGUUGUUUGAUUCAAAAAUCUCUUGAUAUCUUAAAUGCAAUGGAUCUUGUAUCAACUACUAAAGCAUUGCUUCAAACUUUGAGAGAUGCCGGAUUUGAUCUUCUCCUUGCAAAUGUGCAAUUUUUGGAAGAAUUAAAUUCUAGAUUCAGUGAUGAGACAGUGGAACUCCUUGUACUUAGCUCUGCUUUAGAACUUAAAGAUAACUUUAAAUCAUUUAAAGUUGAUGCUAUUUACAAGCUUGCCGAGAAAUUUUAUCCUGAAGAUUUCAAUGAACAAGAGAUGUAUUAUUUGAGAUCUCAGCUAGAGCAUUAUCAGAUUGAUGUGAUUCGUCAUCAGAGCUUUCAGAAUAUGUCUACAAUUUCUGAAUUAUGUCGAGGAUUAGCUGAAACAAAUAAGUCGCAACACUAUCAUUUGAUUGACAGGUUGAUUCGUCUUGUUUUGACUUUGUCUGUUUCCACUGCCACUACAGAGCGGACAUUUUCAGCUAUGAAACAUGUUAAAACCGUGCUUCGCAAUAAAAUGGAAGAGGAGUUCUUAGCAGAUUCUAUGAUGAUUUACAUUGAACGAGAGUUUGUUGAAGAUAUUGAUCCAGAUUUGAUCAUAGAUGAAUUCUAUUCUAUAAAACAUCGAAGGGUGCAGCUUUGA